UCUGUCUCAUCAAAAAGCAUAGUAACCAACAAAUAACAAUGGCUGGUAAAAUUACAGUAAUGCCCUUUCACACAGUUGCAGUGAGUGUGGGUGUGUUGGUGGUGAUGGCACUGCAUUUGCAGGGUUUAGAAGCACAACAACAGCCAUUGGUGAAGGGGCUUUCUUGGAAAUACUAUGAAAGUAGCUGUCCAAAAUUGGAAUCAAUAAUUAGGAAGCAAAUGGAGAAGGUGAUCAAGAAGGAUGUUGGUCUUGCUGCUGCUCUCUUGAGAGUUCAUUUUCAUGAUUGUUUUGUUCAGGGCUGUGAUGGUUCGGUUUUGUUGGAUGGAUCAGCAAGCGGACCAGUUGAUAGCGAGAAAACGGCACCACCAAACCUAAGUUUAAGGGGUUUUGAUGUCAUUGAGGAUCUUCGUCGUAGAGUUCACAAACAAUGUGGUGCGCGUAGUGUCUCGUGUUCUGAUAUUACUGCUAUAGUUGCGCGCGACGCUAUUGUCUUGACCGGUGGUCCAGACUAUAGCGUUCCUCUGGGUCGAAGAGAUGGACUCUCAUUCGCCACAAGAAACGCAACACUUGCCAAUCUUCCAUCACCGUUUGUCGGGACAGACUCGCUACUAACCUCCCUUGCCGCCAAAAACUUUGACGCCACCGAUGUUGUAGCCCUAUCAGGGGCCCACACCAUCGGUGUCGCCCAUUGCCCAUCCUUCACGCGACGACUUUACCCUACACAAGAUGCGACCAUGGAUAAAACCCUAGCCAACACCCUCAAAGGCGUUUGCCCAACCCAAAACACGAAUGCCACAACUUUCUUGGACCUUCGGUCUCCAAACGUGUUCGAUAACAAGUACUUUGUCGAUCUAAUGAACAAACAAGGAAUCCUAACAUCUGACCAAGAUCUUUACACCGACAAACGAACCCGAGAGAUUGUCAAGAGCUUCGCAGUCAACCAAACAUUAUUUUUCGAGAAAUUCGUCAACGUCAUGGUGAAGAUGGGCCAAAUGCAGGUUUUGACCGGCACAAAAGGUGAAAUCCGCAACACUUGCAAUAAGCGAAACUCAAACGAAUUAGUCAUAUCAAACAUUGUCGAGGACCACAACACGGACGGUGUCGAGAACCUCUAAGCUAGUUAGGAACUUAGGAUGUUAUCCUUUCAUGUUUGUGCUAUAAUGUAUGUCAGUAUGUGCACUUUGCUUUGUGUAACUCUGUUGUUGAGCAAUAAAGAUGAAUUCUAAAACAAAA